AUGAGGUUGGUGACUUUCAUCCACCAGAUAUUGUGGCAUCUCAUCCUUCAUUACCUUGUUCCAGCGUCAUACUCCAAUGGACAUUGCUGCAUGCUGGAAACUCCUGAAAUUACAGGCAUUUCAAUGGGUGGAGAUGUGUUAUUCGGGGCAGUUUUACCCCUCCAUAUGGAGAAAGUUUACCCCAAACUGUCGUACAACGAGAAGCCAAAGCAAGCUGUAUGUAGAAAAUUGUCUCCAGAGACUUACCUUCAGAUACAAGUUGUAAAAUUUGCAACCAUGGAGAUAAACAACUCUGAGAUCCUUCCAAAUGUCACAUUAGGCUUCCAGGUCUACGAUUCCUGUUCUAUGCUUCAGAGAGAACUAGAGGGCACUUUAUGGAUGCUGACAGGGCACAACCGGGCUAUUCCCAACUUUCAAUGUCAGAGAAAAGAGAAGUUGGCUGCUAUCAUUGGACACUCCACCUCUACAUUCUCCAUCCUCAUGGCUCACAUUCUUGGGCUAAGCAGGUAUCCACAAGUAAGAUGAUAUUUCUGCAUCUAAACCAGCUCCACUCUUGAGUGCUUAUUGCUUCCACCAUGGACAUUUUUCAACUGUUAAUAUUUUUAAAUGUGACAUCACUUAUUCAUGGUCAUUGUACUCUUAUUUUGUCAUUCAUUUAUAAAAUAUCUUGAAUUAGAAGUCAUUGUUUCAUCACUGGAAUUAGUUAAUUUUAAAAGUGUUGUCAAAAGUUGAAAAAUCUGGUGCAUGACCUCAAUCCAAUCCAAUCCAAUCACUAUUUUAUUGUAGCAUAUCAGAAUGAAAGCAAAACUCCCAUGCUGUUGCCUUUCGGCCUAUCCUGGCCUUUGCUUAGUGGGAUUAAGGCCAGGAUUGGCCAAAACAGAUCAGAAUAGAUGUCUACCUUGGCUUGAGAUUGUAUGCUGAAUGGAAUUUAACUUUAAACUUGAAGAAUGUGUCCAUGCACUGUCCACCGUGGCCCGGACUAUUGA